UUAAAUUUGAGUUACCAAAUUGUAGUCUUAAGUUCAUUUGUUAUUAUUGUGAUUCGUGUUUUAGUUUUAGGUAGCAUCUCUGGCCAGCAGCUCUGCGAAUUGAUGAAGAGGAAAAGUUUUUUUGGUCGGUUUGCAAGAUAUUUGACGUGCUGCAUUUCAAGGAAAAAGAAGUGCAAUGAAGGUGAUAUCUUACUUCAAUCUGGUUCAAAAUUUAUGGCGCAUGACAUAAGUUCAAAUAGUAAUAAUCAGAGGGAAUUGGCCACAAUACAGAAUGAAGAUAUCGAUAUUCAAAGCGUAGGUGUAUUUGAAAAUGAAGAACCGUGUGAAGAAACUUUUGAGCAUGUUUCUGUGGAGUCGAAAGAAGACACACACUGUUUAUACACUCAAAACAUCGAUACUGAGAAUGAUUGCUUAAAUUGUACGACAGAGCACGAAGUAAUUGUUGAUGAAGGAGAUAGCUUGGAAACUAAUAGAAUUGGAGAAGGAAUUAUACGUUAUUUUGGAAAUAAGAAUGAAUAUGGAAGAAUUAUUUCAAAUUAUGGGAAAUGCUAUUAUUUCAAGAGAGAAGAUAUUGUUGGUUAUCAUAGAUAUCAUAGAGCUCCGCAAAAAGCGAAGUUUUUUAUUGAUGCUUUGCGACCAAAUUGGGCGAAGGACAUAGAGAUAAUUGGACAAAUUUAUGGCCAACGUUGCUAUUAUUGUUUAAUAUUUGAUCAUUAUACAGAGGACUGUAUGCAGUUAGAUAUCGAUUCUUAUAAUUUUUAUUAUCCUUAUUUGUAACGCGUCAGAAAAAAACGGCUUGUUUAUACUAUCUAUUGGGUUACUAUUUAAAUUUAAUAUGGUUAACAGAUAGUACUAUUACAGAUAAUUAUAAAAGUAAAUAUUGCGGCAGAUUGCAAUGUGUCAAGUAAAAAUAUACAUCAUAGUAUAUAUAAGUACUUAAAAAUAAUGAUAAAAAUUGUGUUAUACAAAUGAACUUUAAUAAUUAAAUGUAUGGAUAUUAAUUAAUUGUAUGAAAAUAAAUUUAUGUUCAAAAUAAUUUUUUCU